AACAGAUGUCAGCAGCUUAAACUCUUUACAAUGCUCAGUGCUCCAAUAAUGAUCAUAAGGCACAAAUAACUAACUAUUGUGCCUGUAUUGACUGUUUGAGACCUCUCUGUCCAGAAUGUAUCUAGGAACAUUACCAAUUUCAUAUGUAAGCCAAGACACCUGCUGCUAUCUAAAGUAUUCUUAAUACAAGAACUAAUUGCGAAAGGAAAAUUGCAAAAGCAAUUGAAUAAUUGAAAAAAGUAAUUAGAAUAGAUCUAUAUCAUCUAAGGAGUAUGAGUAAUACGAUAUUCAAUAUUUUUUUAAUCCUGAUGAAAUUCUAAAUUAGGAAAUCUCAAGAAUGAAUGAGGCAAAAUAGUAGAUGAUCGAAAUCAUAUAACUCUUUUUUAAAUAGAUAGAAAACCUUCUUGAAACCAAAGUCAAGGAAAAUUUAUUAAAAGUAAAAUUAAAAAUUGAAUUUUCAGGUUAAAAAUAUUGGGGGUAUUUUCCAAAGAAUUUAAACCGUGAUUGAAUAAUUAGAAAUCCUAAGAAAUAGUCUUCUGACUAGCUCAGAUCCUUUCUUACAUUUUCAUAAAGCCUGUCGAUUAGAUGUUAAAUCUUUGCUUGAUCGUUAUAAAUCUGAUUUGAAGAAAUCAAUUAAAUCCAAGGAAUUAGGUACAACUAUAAAUUAAAUAAUAAGAUCCAAUAAAUGUUCACAUUGACGAACAUAAACUCUUCAAUCUUAAAAAUGAAUUAAGUAAAAUUGUUAUAAUUCAAACCACCGAUCAUGAAGAAGCCGCAGAUAAUAUUUCAGUCUUAUCUAAAAAUAAGGAUUAGAGCAUAAAUUAUAGUGUACAAGGACUCUAUGCACAAUAGACAAAUAAUCCUUAGAGUGGACCUCCUCAUUUUUAAUAAAAGCCAAACAAACAAUAAAUGAGUAAUCUUGGAGAUAAUGAUGAACCAUAAUAUGGAGCAAUUUCAAAUUAAGACUUUUAGAUUUCUAAAUCUAACUAUUUUGUAGGUCAACAUAAAUUCUUGCAUUUUAUUAUCAAUAAGGCUAAUUUGAUGAAGAUCUGCAAUUUAGAAACAAAGCAAUGGAUGACCUUUGAAAUUGAUUAUGAAGUCCCUGAAUUUCAUAGAUCUAUUGUUGCUCCAAAUGGUGAUAUCUAUAUAUCUGGAGGAUUGAUUGAUUAUAAGGAUAAUAGAAAAGAAUCUAUUGUGAGAAGAUAUACAUUGGAUGGCAAGAUGCAAUAAAUUGGAUAACUAUCAUUUCCGAGAUCGUCCCAUUCAAUGGUCUAUUGCAACUAAGCCAUUUAUAUACUGUGUGGUUAUUAAGAGCACAGAAAGAUGUCUUAUAGUUUGGAGAAAUACAAUUUUAAUACACAAAAGAUGGAAUUAUGUGCUCCUUGCAAGACACCAGCUAAUUCACCUGCUUGUUGCGUUUUCAAUGAUAGAUAUAUUUAUAAAUUUGGGGGAUAUGAUUAAAAUGGAUGGAACCUACUAAUUAUAGAGAGAUAUGAUACUUUCGAAAACAAGUGGGAGCAUAUUGACCCUGAAAUCAGCAAAUAAGAAUCUUCAAAAUUCCAAACCAUAUAUCAAUGUUCAGCUUGUGUUUAAAUUAAUAAAAAUAACAUCUACGUCUUUGGUGGUUAUGAUAAUGAUGAUAAAGGAGUCUCAUUCUCAUUCCUAUUAAAAAUAGAUGAUAGACACACAAUUCAUUAAGUCAAUACCAAGCCCUUAUUGUAUCCUGAAGGAUUUUGGAACAAUUAAGUAAUUCUCAUAUAUAUUCUAAAUUUUAGGUUAUUAUUCACGACCAGAAGUUGUUUGUUUUGUAGAACAUUGAGAUUGAUAGUAAUUAAAUUGAUGAAAUUAAUAGAUCCCUACUAUGUUUUGAUGGGUAGGGAUGGAAUGAAUUAUAAUAUUAAAUCGCUAAUUGA